CAAACUCUGCAGUGCGCAGCAGCUGAGUGUCAUAUGGGCUAAGGAGGCCACAGAGAGCAGGUCUCUCUUGCUUCCUCCAUCCACCUGCAGACAUGAUCAACACCUACCAGACCAGCGUGGCGGCUCCACCGCUGCCUCCACGGACCCACCGAAAACAACCGGUCCUCAUACCGACACAGCUGCCGACACAUGGACCACGCAAGCCCUUGGUACACUUCUUGGUGGGAGUGGUGCUGCUGCACUUGUUUUUGUCGGUCGCAGGAUUCAUGUACUUCUAUGUCACAUCCAGAAAGCCCCAGCAGGGAGAGCAGACUCUCAGGAGGACAGGUGAAGAUCCUCCUCGCCUAGUUUUAGGCAAAGCCAACGCUUUCAUGGCGGUUAAGCGAUCUCAAAAUAAAACUGCAAGUGCUCUGACCUGGAACUUAGAUGAUUCCCAAUGCAAACACGUCGACUGCCAAGAGGACGGCUGGUUGACCAUCAAGCAGUCGGGAUUGUACUACGUCUACUCCAAAGUGACCUUCUCCAAAGCUGACUCCAAAUGUUCCCUGAACAGCAUCGUGAGGCUGCGGAAGAGCGGGCCCAGGGAGGAGAUGGUGAUGGUGGCCUCCUGCAGCCUGAGCCAGGCCCACCUUGGGCCUCACCCUUUCCCUCAAACAUGCACGGCCACGCAGGGACAGAUACUUAAGUUGGAGAAUGGAGACCAGCUGAGCCUCUGGGUGGAAACCCCCCUCCUCGUGUGCUACGAGAAAAGAGCCACGACUUUUGGGAUGUUCAAACUGUAGCACCAUGGAGUGGGAGAUCGUAUGGACCUUUAUUUAUUGCAAAUAUUGAGGCGUGUAGCUAUCGAGUAAUACUUGUAUCAUGAAAUAAAUUAAC